UGUGCAAGGCCAGCUCGAAUGACUCUGCGUAAUUAUGCGGCAACAACAAUUGGUGCAGAUACGAGUAUUAUCUUCUGGUCAAUUAUAAUAGCCGUGCAGUGAAAACGAAACGCAACAAAUUGCAUUGCCAGUGUGUCAGUUGAAGUGGUUUGGUCCGCUUUUCACUUGCCAAAUAAAACGAAGAGAGAAAAAGAGUGUCGCUGCAAUUUCGCGGAAUGAAAAUAGCCAGCAACGGCAAAUUCUUUUAAUUUGUAUACAAAAGCGUUCAAUUUGAAUGUGCAAAAAUCAAUCAAUAAUUACCAAAGUCCGCUGAGUGCUGUGCAUUAUUUAAGCGCACGAAUUCCAAUGAAAUUGCUGAAGACUGGCGAGCAAGCAAGGGCAACCCAUUUAAAUAUUCCACGUGUAGCAUGCAACAGCAGUUGCAGUAAAACAACCAAUGAGAUAGACCCUGGCAGUGACAGUGACAGUGUAAACAACAGCAACAACACCAACAUAAAAACAAAAUAACAAAUAAGAAGGAUAACAAGAACAGCUUAAACGUAAACGUAAACAACGACAACAAGGCGUAUAAUGAAUAUGUUAAGUAAAGAAAACAGCGCUGAGAGCAGCAGCAGGAGGGGGAGGAGAAGGCAGCCAAAAUUAAAAACAAACACGCACAGAAAGCAAAGAUGCAGUGCACGGCAGUGGACGCUGUUCUGCAGCCUCUUGUUGUGUCAACUCUGGCUGGCCACAGCAAUAUCGUCUAGCCGUGGUUACAGCCAACCUCUGACGAACCUGGCCGGCGCCGCUCACAACGAUGACAACACAUUUCGACCCAUGAUGCCCAAAGACAUAAGUCCUGAGUUCAUAUCGCGCAAUGUUUUCACCAAAGCCGGGCAAUAUCGCGUCUUUCAGCCCGUCGAAACCGAGAGCGAUCUGCGCCUGGCCGUUGCCAUGAAGCGAAAAGACUACAACGGCACUGCGGAGCCAAUGCAGCCAAAGUCAACAGAAAGCGAACAUAGUCAAGCGCCGGCAGUGGAGGAGGACUCCACAACAUUGAAUAAAGAACUUAAUGGCUUGGAGCAGCUGCUUAUGGAAUAUGUGGAGCAGUUCUUUACACAAGGCAAAUACGAACCUAUGCCUGGCCUGGUGCUGGCCUUGCAGCAAAGUCACAACGACACCCAUCCACCAUCAGACCCUGCCAGGCGUCAGGUGCGGAGUGCGGUCGAGGACGCCAAUGUCGAGAUCAACAUACCUCGGGCACUGCAAAGUGGACGUCUCUUGUUCUUCACAGGUCUUAAGAAGAUUAUGUGGCCCAUUUACAUGGGCUUGCAGGUGCUGAAGAGCCUGCUUUUCGCCUUGUUCCUGCCCACCAUAAUUGGCAGUGUGAGUCGCCUCAUAGGCAAAGGCAUCACAUCUGGCUCGGCCAGUUCGGUACCGUUGUUUAUACGACCCAUGGAGGCGCCACAGGAGUUGGACUUUAGGGACAACAGCGUGAACUUUGAUGACGACAAUAAGUUUAGUCUGGCAGAUGAAGGCAGUAAAAACAAUGGGGCUUAUGAAUACAAUACAGCGGCUUCACAGCAGCAAGCGCAAUACGCGCCCUUCAAUGCGAAUGCCAUUAAUCAGCAGGCUCUCUCGCGUUAUGGCGGACAACAGCAGCAGUUGAUGCAGGACACCUAUCUGAGUGCUCUGCAGAGUAUUGGUGCGGCGUCCUUCAAGAACUCGCAGAGCCUGUCCGCGGGUUCCUCGACCGCUGGGUUGGCAGCUCCGGGCAUGGCGAAACGUCCAGUGGCACCGGCCAACAUGAACACGUUCCAGAGCUUCCAGAAGGUGCCGAACUCAUCGCUACUGCUCUCGAACUACGAUCCUUUCUACAGCCCCUUGCUGUCACGCUUGGACUCGGUGUUCGCUCAACUGAAGCUCAAUUCUGAAAAUGAGAAUUGUCGCGAAAAACUCAUCUGUUUGAUGUAUGCGAACCCCGCAAAGUAUGCACCGUACAGCAAUCUCGUUUCGGCGCAAUUGAGUCGAGAGCUGAACGAGCUGCGAAAACCCACAUCAGAUAACCCGGACAUCUUACGUUUCUUCAAAUACAUGCGUGCUGCUAAGGACGGGCAGGAUGGCGUUGACUGCGAGCAGUCAUUUGAUAAAUGCAAGGAAUUCAAGGAUUUCGAAAAUCCCGCCAUGCUCUCCACCUUUAACGACAUCAACAAACUGGUACAGGCGCGAAAAUUGGCGUAGGCGACAAUAAUGAUGACAACACAACAACGCCUCCAACACCAGAAACAAUAUUGUGCAAAAAUGUACACAUCGACAUGCCCCGAAUUUUUUUGAGGCAUGUCUUGAAGCAGUAAUUAUGCAAAUUAGAUUUUAGAUAGCGUAGCCAUAUA